AUGACCUCAGACUCGGAUCCCCCGCCAUCGGCGAGCGCUCCACUGCCAGCACGACCUCGUUCACCCUCGGGCAGCUUUUACGCCCUGAGCGACGACGAGGAAGGGGACUACGACACGAUCACACACACAGAUACCGGUCGGGGCGUUAAACUCCUUUUUUCCAAGAGCAAGGUUUACGUGCAUCCCACGCCUUCGGCGAAAGAUAAUAUCCCCGGUUACAUCGCUCUUCUCCAACAAAAAGCAGGCCAUAAUGGUCGUCCGGCCUCCCCUUCGUCAGUAGACUCGCAGAACCCAAGCGCCUCCGAUCUGCUCCUGGCAUGGCUCCCCGAGUCGUCCCUAGGCGAAUCCGAGAGCAUCUACGUCAAGGUCGACCUUAGCGAAGCGGAGUCGCCUCCGAAGCAAUCAUAUCUUGUACCACCCCCACCGACCGUCACAUCUCACCGCGGCUCUGUCGGCACUUAUGCGUUCGCCAUCCCAGUCAGCGCAAUCUACUCGCUUCUCGUAAGACCGCCGAGUCUUGGCUGGUGGUUUGGCUCUUUGAUUAUCAACUCGAGGGCGGGCGACAGCUUCCCUGCACUGUUCUUCCACGACAAUGAAUGUCAAAGCACAAUCCUGAAGAGGAAGAGGCGGACCAGGGACAACUUUGACCCGUUCGGCGAUCGAGGGGAGAUGUUCUGGGGCGGCGACGAAGUCUUACGCUGGUUGCGGCGCUACGUCCCUAUUGAGAGAUCCGGAGCGGAACCCAACAUCUAUCUGGUAGACCCGUCAAAGGAGGACAGCGAGGCCUUCAGCGGCAAGCUUACUUCCAGUACGGCCCAGGUUGGCUUGAAAGAUGGAACGGGGACUCGCGCUGGCGGCGCCGGCCCCAGUGGCGACGCGCAGAUGGAUCCUUUUGUGAAGUUUGUGAAGGAGACGGGUUGGAACAUUAUGGAGAAAUUCAGCAAGGUGACCACCUUCACACGACGGGCCGCGCAAGAUGUUAUGCAAAACCCGAAUGUCCCCCCGCAAGUCAGGAGGCUCCUGCGCAACCCCGAGGUGCAGACGCUUCAGGAUGAAUUCGACAGUGCGAGGAUAUAUCUCGCGCGCUGGGCCAUGGGAAUCGCUGAGCAGAGCGAGCGGGAUCGGAGUCAGAGAAUAUGGACGGCUAGGGAGGUCCUAGAGCUCGAGGAUACCGAUGUCGGAGAGUUCGAGCUCUUGGACGGGAGCAGCACCAUGUCAUUGGAGGACAGGAGGAAACCAGUGACGCUGAAAGAGUGGAAUACCUUCUUUGAUCAGCGGACCGGACGACUCUCAGUCACUGUGGAUGAGGUCAAGGAAAGGGUCUUUCACGGCGGCCUUGACCCAGACGAUGGAGUGCGAAAGGAGGCAUGGUUGUUUCUGCUCGGGGUCCAUGACUGGUACAGCACAUCCGAGGAGCGGAAGGCUCAGAUUGCGUCACUUAGGAACGAGUAUGUCAAGUUGAAGGGGGCAUGGUGGGAGAGGCUUGUAGACCUUGGUGGUGAAGGCGAGCAGGGAGAGUGGUGGCGUGAACAACGUGGCCGUAUUGAGAAAGACGUUCAUCGAACAGACAGAAAUGUUCCUAUCUUUUCUGGAGAAGACAUUCCGCAUCCAGACCCCGAAUCUCCCUUUUCCGAGGUUGGCACCAAUGUCCACCUGGAGCAGAUGAAGGACAUGCUUCUUACGUACAACGAGUACAACAAGGAUCUCGGCUACGUGCAGGGCAUGUCCGAUCUCCUGGCCCCCAUCUACGCCGUUAUGCAGGACGAUGCAAUCGCCUUCUGGGGCUUCCAGCACUUCAUGGACCGUAUGGAGCGCAACUUCUUGCGCGACCAGUCAGGAAUGCGGUCACAACUGCUCACCCUUGAUCACCUCGUCCAGUUCAUGGACCCGAAGCUUUACGCGCACCUGCAGUCCGCGGACAGCACCAACUUUUUCUUCUUCUUCCGCAUGCUACUCGUCUGGUACAAGCGAGAGUUCGAGUGGAUGGACGUCUUGCGCCUUUGGGAGAUUCUCUGGACGGACUAUUUGAGCAGCAGCUUCCACUUGUUUGUCGCAUUAGCAAUCCUAGAGAAGCACCGGGACGUCAUCAUGACCCACCUGCAGCAUUUCGAUGAGGUUCUCAAAUAUGUCAACGAACUUUCCAACACAAUGGACCUUGACUCAACUUUGAUUCGCGCCGAAGCGCUAUUCCGCCGUUUCCAGCGGCUGGUGGAAGCAGUUGAUAAGAAGGGUAACUUUCCUGGGCCACGACUCCGAGAUCCCGGCUCUCCCUCCAAAUCGUCAUCAUCCGACCAGGCCGACAAGGACCCGAAGCAAGGCCAGAGCAGUGCCGGACCAGCGUCCCCACGCAAAGAUACGGGCAAGGCGCCUGAGGGGCCGCAGGUGAAGAAGAUCAUCACACCAGAAUUGAGAGAGCUGGUCAGCCGCAAGGUUGUAGUACUUCCACGCAAGGAGGUAGCGAAGAAGGGGGACGGCCCAGGGAGAUCAUGA